GCCGGGAGCGGGGCGGACGCUCACUCCAGUCCACUCUCCGCCUCCGCGCUGCGGCGCGCGCGCGCGCUCCGGAACCGAUAUGGGCGCUGCCGAGUGGGCAUCGUCGCCCUUGCUGCCGCGUGUGUCUCUCCUGCUGCUGCUUCUGCAGCUUCCGGGGCUGUCGGCGGGCUCCUGGGACCCGGCCGGUUACCUGCUCUACUGCCCAUGCAUGGGGCGCUUUGGAAACCAGGCUGAUCAUUUCUUGGGCUCCCUGGCAUUUGCAAAGCUGUUGAACCGCACCCUGGCUGUACCUCCUUGGAUUGAGUACCAGCAUCACAAGCCUCCCUUCACCAAUCUCCAUGUGUCCUACCAGAAGUACUUCAAGCUGGAGCCCCUCCAGGCCUACCAUCGGGUCAUCAGCCUGGAGGACUUCAUGGAGAAGCUAGCACCCACCCACUGGCCCCCUGAGAGGCGGGUGGCAUACUGCUUUGAGGUGGCAGCCCAACGAAGCCUAGAUAAGAAGACAUGCCCCAUGAAGGAAGGAAACCCCUUUGGCCCGUUUUGGGAUCAGUUUCAUGUGAGUUUCAACAAGUCUGAGCUUUUUGCAGGCAUUUCCUUCAGCGCCUCCUACAAAGACCAGUGGAUCCAGAGAUUUUCUCCAAAGGAACAUCCAGUGCUUGCCCUGCCAGGGGCCCCAGCCCAGUUCCCCGUCCUGGAGGAGCAUAGGCCGCUCCAGAAGUACAUGGUUUGGUCAGACGAGAUGGUGAGGACAGGGGAGGCCCAGAUCCAUGCCCACCUCAUCAGGCCCUAUGUGGGCAUUCACCUGCGCAUUGGCUCCGACUGGAAGAACGCGUGCGCCAUGCUGAAGGAUGGGACGGCCGGUGCCCACUUCAUGGCCUCGCCGCAGUGUGUGGGCUACAGCCGCCACACCGCCGCCCCACUCACCAUGACCAUGUGCCUCCCCGACCUGAAGGAAAUCAUGCGGGCCCUGAAGCUCUGGGUGACUGCACUGGAUGCCCGGUCGGUCUACAUCGCCACAGAUUCUGAGAGUUAUGUGCCUGAGAUCCAACAGCUCUUCAAAGGGAAGGUAAAGGUGGUGAGUCUGAAGCCUGAGGUGGCCCAGAUAGACCUGUACAUCCUCGGCCAAGCUGACCACUUUAUUGGCAACUGUGUCUCCUCCUUCACUGCCUUCGUGAAACGGGAACGGGACCUCCAGGGGAAGCUGUCCUCUUUCUUUGGCAUGGACAAGCCCCCUCAGCUGCGGGAUGAGUUCUGAUCCAGGCCAGAGCACAUCACCUCUCUGAGCUGUUCCAUCCAGCCUAGCCUGGCAACCAGAGGUGAUCCCAGGAUUGAUCCCCAAGGAUCAGAGAACAGAGAAAAGCACCAUGAACUUCCUGGAGGAGGAAGACAGUCCAUCUCCCAGGGCACAGGACUUCCAAGCUUCUAGUAGCUGGACCAUCUCCCUUCCUCACGUGCUUCCUGCUGCUUCUCCUGGGAAUUUCUCACACCAGCAAAGCAGUUCAAGCUCUGUCUUUUGGUCUGCUCCUGCUCUGUCCAGCCUGGGAUGCUGAACUCUCUUCAGAGAGAUUUUUUUAUAUAGAGAGAGAAAGAGAUUUUUAUAGUUUUGCUGCAAGAUCAUGACUACCCUAGAACUCUCCCUUAUUUUAAAAACUCCAUGAAGUUCAUUAACGUAGGUACCUAAAGUGACCUUAAGAGAAUAUGGAUAAGGCCAGGGGUGGGAUGGGUGUAUUGACCACUUUUCCAGGUGACCUCCAAAGUGGCUCACAGGCUUAUCCCCACUGCCUGGCCAGAGCCAUUGUCAACCCCUCCUUCCUAGGCCAUUUCCGGGGUUUGGGGCACAAACCCUCUGCUCCACUACAGUGGACACUAUGUGGAUAGAAGUUAUGGAUCACUGUGCUGUCAGUCCUCCUCAGAUGGCUAAGUGCUGCUCACACAGCACGUUGCUGGCAAGGAGCACAUGCCAUCAAGCCAGACGGUCACAGUAUUGCUCUCAGAGUCUCUUGGUAGUUGGUGACCUGCCACAAACCUGGCAUCAUCAGGGUCUCAUAACACAUCACCAGGGCCAGAGCUUGCUGCCCUGGUGAGAUCCUUCUGAAGGCUGCUGUCUCCUCUUCUGAUCUCAUGUCCCAAGGGGCCUGGCCGUAGAACUUUGCCAUUAAGUUAGUAUCCAAGGCCUGUUCUCCCAGCCUUCCUCCUGCAGCUGGAGCCCUCAGACCAUAUUCUCACAAGGGAGUGUUCGCUAAGCCUCUAACCAGAUGGAAGAUGCCCAGUACCCGGGAGCCACUGGGUCCCGAGGGUUUUUUUUUUUGCCCAUCCCAUCUAGUGUAAUCUCAGCCAACCCCAUGAGACUUAAGAUGUUACAGUCGUUAAGUUUCUUUGUCUCUGAGAUGCUAUAGUUGUAAAAAUCCAUGACUCCUGAGAGCCUGUGAUUUUUUUGUUUUUUUUUUCUUUUUCUUUUUCUUUGGCCUUACGGCUCUCAAAUUCAUGUCUAACACCUGCUGAUCUCUUCCUGGCAUUUGACCUCCCUCGGCCUUUGAUCCUAGGAAGGUGGAGGAGAUUGAUGAGAGCCAUGCCCAGAGCUCCAGGCGGCAAUGUCUCCCUUGGGUUACCUUUGGGAAGAAAUGGUUUUUUUUGGUCAGGGCAGACUGGGUCAGAGGCUGCAGGGCAAAAAGGACCUGAACACCAAAGGUGGCAUUACCUGUUCAGAACUGUUCACCAGCCUCAUUCAGAGACGCAGGAGCCCCUGCCUCAGUCGAGCAGCUGGGGAAGUGUGGCUGUCUGGCUGAUGUCAUUUGCUGAAUUGACUUUCUGCCUCACCCUGAGCACAUGUGGUAGAGUCGGGCUCUGAUGAGUUGUCCAGAUGCAGCUCAUUGGCUGUCAUACUAGCCUGUGCUUCUGGAGGCGAGGGCGCUGGGGUUGUAGUCAGAUUCCAUGUGUUCUGUAGGCGAGCGCUUUAUUCCUCUUUGACACAGUUUCCUCACCAGUAAAAUGAUGAUAAAACUGAGGGGUUGUUGAACGGCCCCAAUCAGAUAAAGCAUGUAUAAGAGCACAAUGUAAACUUGAAAGAGACAAAGGCACAUAUGCAGCUGUUGAUUAAUUGGACUGUCACUUGUCACACACCUCCUCUGUGCCAGGCACUGUGCCUGCUAAGGGCUUUGUGGGCAUUCUCAGCCUUAGCCCCCACCCCAGCCCUGGGAAGCAGGAACUGUUACUAUCUUCUUUUUGCGCAAGGCAGAGUUAACGCUCAGAAAAUUCUCAUAGCCUUCUUGAGACUGCACCGAUGGUGGUGGUGAGCCGGGAUUUGACCUCCGAAAGCCAGUGCUGGUAGCCAGCACACUCUGCUGCCUCCAGUUCACAAGAUGUGCUGUGUGCCCAGGAGGCCUCGGAUGGAGAAAUGGUCAGUCACCUUACUUUUCGCGGGGCUCCUGCCGUGGGUCUGCUGCUGCCCAGUGGUUUCGGGGAGGGGGAGUUUACCCAAGAAACAGAAAGCUCACAUGAAGCUUCCAGUUCUCUUGGGUGGUUACUUAGUUCAGCAUUCUUUCAUUCAACAGGUGUUUGUUGACCCUACAGUGUGCCAGGCUCUGUGCUAGUUACUGGGGAUUCAGCAGAAAAUCAGACGUAAAGUCUUUGUUCUCAAGGAAUUUGCAUCCUAGUAAGUAGAAGACAUAAUAAACAAAUGCACUGUGGGUGGUGUUAAAUAAGUGCUAGAAAGAAGAAUAAAGGACACGGCGGUGGGGUGCAGAGGGGGAGCAGUGCGGGUUUAGAUGAGGAGCUCAGGUCAGACUGCUGUGGAGGAAGGAGGGGCACGCUCAUUCAGAGACAUCUGGAGACAGCACAUUCCCACGGAGGAAACAGAGGGGCAAGUGCAAAGGCCCUGAAGCUGGAGUGAAUGAAGAAUUGCAGAGGCCAGUGUGGCUGGAGUGGGAGAAACAAGGCAGAAACAGAGCAGAUGAGAGCAGAUGAGGGGACUCGUCAUUCAGCCUGGAGGGCAGUAUCAGGUCAAGACUUGCCUUUUUUGGAGAGAGGUGGGAAGCCUUGUAGGGUCUGAACAGAGGAGGGUCAGGGUCUGAGUCACAUUUUUGAAGGACCUCUCUGGCUGCCACUUGGAGAAGAGAUGGGAGGGCAGAGGGUAGAAGCAGGGAGACCACCGUGGGGCUGUCACAGGGUGCAGGUGAGAAAGACAAUAGGGCUCAGACAAAGGUCAUUGCAUUGAAGGUGGUGGGAAGCCUCAGACUGGAUACAUGCAAUUACUUUUAAAUUUCAGUCUUUUUUAGAGGUAAAAGUCUUUGCAUAGUCUUAAUCAUGCAAUAUAUACAAUUUAAUGUCCGAUUUUUCGCUUAAUAGUGUGUAUUUUCCAUGUUGGCACAUGGCCUGAAUAAAUGUUUUUAAUGACAUAAAAUUCCA